AUGAACAAUUUUGCCUCGGGUCUGACCUAUAAAGUUGAACCUGGACCUGCGAACGUCAAAAAAACGAAAACACAAAUUGUCAAUUUGAUUUUGAUUGUUGCAUAUUUAUUAAUUACAAAUUCAUUAGUUAUUAAUGGUGAUAGUUGUUACUGGCUUGGUUGUCAUGUCCAUUCCGCUGAUUCUUGGUGUCCAGCAGGUACAUAUACAAAAGAUUGGAGCAAAUGUAUGGGUGGUUUUGGUAAACAAGAAUAUUGUUGUAAAAAGAACUAUAAGAAGCGAACAAUGGAUGCUCGUAAAUUUGAAUCACAACCUGAUGCUGAUGAUGACAGUGAACAACUUUUCCAUUGA